GCAGCCCACACUUCUCUUUUGUAAAGUAAACCUGAACAGCUGUCAACUAUAUGAUUUGCCUGAGAACCUGGACAGGACAGAAAAAAAAUAAUUCGUUUUUAGAUGAAUUAACAUCAAUUCUGUCACUUGAAACUGUGUCCAAGCUGGUGUCCUAAUUAAUGGUCAUUCUAGCCCCAGCUUUGAGUUACACUGCUAGAAAACCCUGUGGGAGGAAUGUCCCCUGCUUCAGUAUCAGGCUCGCCUCGCCGUCGGUGGCGGAAUUCACCGCACAAUGCUCAAGGACGGACUAAUACAGAGCCGAAAAUGUCUUUGUGAGGUUGGGUUUGUUUCCGUGCUGUGAAUCGUUUUCGCUGGGAUGGCGUCUUCGAACGGCAGAGGCGAGCGAACGUCCAAAUUUGAGACCUUAAAGCUGUUGGAGAAGUGCAGGAAGGAACGGGACGACGCCGUGCACAGGGAGAGCGUCCUCAGGGACAAGCUGAGGCAGCACGAGUCGAGGACGCGCUCCACCGAGGCCCUCAAGCAGAAACUGAAGACCUUGACCUCGGACCACAAGGAGCUGAGGAAGCAAGCGAAGGCGCUUCGGACGGAAAUCGGCCUGGAGUGCAGCCCCGGGUUCCACGGCAAGACCACCAAGGACGUCAUCCAAGACCUCCGCGACAAGGAGCGAGAGUGCGACGCCCUGGUGGAGAAGACCGGGAAGCUCAGCCUGACCGUCGACGACCUGACGUCCGAGUUGGCCAAGGCGGUCACCUCCAAGACGCUUCUGGAGGAGCAGGUGCAGUCCCUGCAGCACAACCUCAAAGACAUGACCAACAACCAGCGCCGUCUGCUGAAACUGUGGGAGGACAAGAAGACCCAGCGGGAGCAGAAGCCUCUGCCCGCCAUCGCGCUCAAAACGGGACAGAAAGCGACCGUCCAUAAAGCCGUCCAGACGGACAUGUCCAUCAGCUCAACACAAAAGCUUCCGGCCGAUGCUUUUGAGUCCAAGUCCGUUACCAACGACCAAAAGACGGCUGUGGAUUUUUACGGGAUGGGGUAUCAUUAUGACGAGAAGUCUUUCAUGCAUGAUACGAUUAAAGGGAUUCAGAACUGAUUUCUGCACAUUGCUCUUAUUCAUACAUGUAUGUUGUUGUGUAGAUGUAAGUCAGGGGUGUCCAAAGUGCGGCACUCUAACCUACUCAGUGGCCUUGUGGAGCUCCUCACAUUGUUUACAAUCAUGGCCACCAGCAGCAAGAGCGAUUCGGACCGAGAGAGCGACGAUUCCCCCAUUAAUUUGAGCAAAGAUGAAAGAUUUGUGAAUGAGGAUAGUGAGAGUGAAGGACUAGAAGAAGAAAAAAAAAAGGGCAGUGGGAGCGAUUCAGAUGUUAUUAGACACAUUUACUAGGAUAAUUCUGGAAAAUCCCUUAUCUGCUUAUUGUGUUACUAGUGUAUUAGUGAGAUUAUAUAGUCAUACCUGAAAGUCGGAGUACUGUGGUGACCGCCAGUGUCUCUGAGGGAAGCCACGGAGGAGACAAGAGAGUCGCAGCUGCCUCAUUCAUAGCCCCGUUAGUUCAUCUUUACAAGAGUGCUUAUGUUUAUAUAUAUGCAAUGGCAUUUGCUUUUAUACAAAUGUAAUACACAUUUAACCCUUCUGAACUAGGAGUUUGAUAUCAUACGCCUAUUGAAAACAAUUGAUUGGCACUUUUAUUAGUACAAAUCCGUUUCCAUAUGAGUUAGGAAAUUGUGUUGGAUGUAAAUAUAAACAGAAUACAAUGAUUUGCAAAUCCUUUUCAACCCAUAUUCAGUUGAAUGUGCUACAAAGACAACAUAUUUGAUUUUCAAACUCAUAAACAUGAUAAUUAACUUAGAAUUUCAUGGCUGCAACACGUGCCAAAGUAGUUGGGAAAGGGCAUGUUCACCACUGUGUUACAUCACCUUUUCUUUUAAAAAAUUCAAUGAAUGUUUGGGAACUGAGGAAACUAAUUGUUAAAGCUUUGAAAGUGGAAUUCUUUCCCAUUCUUGUUUUAUGUAGAGCUUCAGUCCUUCAACAGUCCGGGGUCUCCGCUGUCCUAUUUUACGCUUCAUAAUGCACCACAUAUUUUCCAUGGGAGACAGGUCUGGACUGCAGCGGACCAGGAAAUUACCCGCACUCUUCUUUUUCUUUAACGUAGCCACGCUGUUGUAACACAUGCUGAAUGUGACUUGGCAUUGUCUUGCUGAAAUAAGCAGGGGCGUCCAUGAAAAAGAUGGCAGCAUAUGUUGUUCCAAAGCCAGUAUGUACCUUUCAGCAUUAAUGGUGCCUUCACAGAUGUGUAAGUUACCCAUGCCUUGGGCACUAAUGCACCCCCAUACCAUCACAGAUGCUGGCUUUUCAACUUUGCGUCGAUAACAGUCUGGAUGGUUCGCUUCCCCUUUGGUCCGGAUGACACCAUGUCGAAUAUUUCUCCAAAAAUUUGAAAUGUGGACUCGUCAGACCACAGAACACUUUUCCACUUUGCAUCAGUCCAUCUUAGAUGAUCUCGGGCCCAGAGAAGCCGGCGGCGUUUCUGGAUGUUGUUGAUAAAUGGCUUUCGCUUUGCAUAGUAGAGCUUUAACUUUCACUUACAGAUGUAGGGAUGAAUGUCACAUUAAAUCUUCCACUUUGAGAUAUUUUGGGAGGAAAAUCUUGCAUAUUUUGCCAUAUAAAAAACAAAUUUGUUUUUUUUUCUAAAGAAGGGCCUAAUAAAAACAAACAAAAAACAUAACACUAAAAGUUAGAAUUGACGGAUGGAUCUGGAUCUACACAGUGGCCUAGUGGUUAGAGUGUCCGCCCUGAGAUCAGUAGGUCGUGAGUUCAAAUCCAGGCUGAGUCAUACCAAAGACUAUAAAAAUGGGACACAUCAACUCCCUGCUUUGCACUCAGCGUUAAAGGUUGGAAUUGGGGGUUAAAUCACCAUAAAUGAUUUCUGGGCGUGGCACUGCUGCUGCUCACUGCUCUCCUCACCUCCCAGGGGGUGAUCAAGGGUCAAAUGUAGAGAAUAAUUUCGCCACAUCUAGUAUGUGUGUCACAAUCAUUGGUACUUUAACUUUAAUUUUAAUUUGCGGCCCGUGGGUAUUUUUUUAACGGCCCUAAGCACAUUCUAAAAAUACGAUAAAAAAAAUUAAAAACAGAAAAAGUGGUAUAAAAGAGUAAACAGGGGAAAUGUGACAAGAAAAUGUUGCAAUUUUUACUCUAAUAACACAAAGCUGCCAUGCAGGCUGUUAUUUUCUUUAAAAAAAAAAAGUAAUCAAAAUCAAUGUCACAUUAAAUAUUCCACUUUGAGAUAUUUUUGGGGGAAAAUCUUGCAUAUUUUGUGUUUGCCAUAUAAAAAAACAAUUAUUAUUUUUUUUCUAAAGAAGGGCCUAAUAAGAACACACAAAAAACAUAAACAACAAUAAAAGUUAUAAUUGACAGAUAGAUCUGGAGCUACUCAGUGGCCUAGUGGUUAGAGUGUCCGCCCUGUGAUCGGUAGGUUGUGAGUUCAAAUCCCAGCCUUCAGCACAUUCUAAAAAUACGAUUUAAAAAAAUAAAAAACAGAAAAAGUGGUAUUUUCUUUAAAAAAAAAAUAAUUACCGUAUUUCCUUGGCGUUAAUUAAUUUAAAACCUCUUCUCACUCCUGCGCUUACCAAAGGCAUGCGGUAAAAGUAAGCAUGCGCUAAUUAUUUUAAAACCUCUUCUCAUUCCGGCACUUACCAAAAGUAUGCAGUAAAAAUUUGAGUGUGAUGUAAGCUUGGACCUUAAAUUCUACCGAAUAGCUCUUAAUCUUCUUCCCUUUAUGCAAUUUCAAAUUACCGGUAUUGAAAUCAGCCUCCUCCAUUUUGAAAAUGAUGACAGGGGAAGUGUCACUCGUGACGUGACGAGUUUGACCCGGCGGUACUACUUACCAUGCGCUAAUUAUUUUGGGAAGCGAGUUGGACCAGGCAGUAAUUCAAGGAAAUACGGUAAUCAAAAUCAAUGUCACAUUAAAUAUUCCACUUUGAGAUAUUUUGGGGGAAAAUCUUGCAUAUUUUGUGUUUGCCAUAUAAAAAACUAAGUUGUUUUUUUUUUCUAAAGAAGGGCCUAAUAAGAACAAAAAAAAAACAUAAACAACAAUAAAAGUUAUAAUUGACAUAUGGAUCUGAAGGUGAUUUUAAGACAAUUGUGUUUAAAGGAAACAGUAAAAAAAAAUAUAUAUAUUUUUUUAAUGAGUAGGACCCUUUUGGAUCCCCAAUAAUUUUAGUGCGAUUUUUUUGUGUGCGUCAUUGCUAAAAAAUAAUAACAAAAUGAAAUCAAUGUGUUGACAUUUUUAUGGCUCCAAUUAUUUUAUAAUCUCAAAUAUUCCACUUUAAAAUUCGAUUGGGGGAAACUAUUGCAUAUUUUGUUGUUGUUUUUUCCAUAACAAAACAGGAUUUUCUUUGACAAAAAGGGCAUACAACUUAAAUCUUUAAUGACGUUAAAUUGACAGAUAUAACUGGACAUCCGUGUUGCUGAAUCUUUUGCAAUUUGUUAAUUUAAUAAUGGAGACGUCAAAGAAGAAUGCUGUUGGUGGAAAGCGGUGUAUUGCAGCUGCCUUUAGCACCGAAACACAGCCGGUGUUUCUUUGUUUGUUGUGAAGCUUUAACACAGAGCGGUCAAGCGAACAUGUUUCUCUACGUAAACCAGCAAGUUUACGGGAAAAUCGUGAUAUUAAGUCGGCUCUUACUGGACACUUCAGUGGAUUAUGGGACCUCCUCCUGUAGCUGUCAAAAAGGCAGCUGUGAUCUUGGCUCCUCUGCGUCUCUCAGAGACACUGGCGUUCACCGCAGCCAUCCGACUUUCAGGUAUGACAGUAUAAUCUCACUAAAAUACUAUAUAUUACUAUAUAGAUAUUUUACAGAAUUAUCCUAGUAAAUCUGUCUAAUUACAUCUGAAAUGCACCCACUGCCGCCACCCGGAGCCGUCGCUUUUUUAAUUUUUUUUUUCCAGUGCCUCACUCUAACUUUCCUCAUCCACGAAUCGUUCAUCCUCGCUCAAAUUAAUGGGGAAAUCGUCGCUUUCUCGGUCCAAAUCGCACUCGCUGCUGGUGGCCAUGAUUGUAAACAAUGUUCAGAUGUGAGGAGCUCCACAACCCGUGACGUCACGCGCACAUCGUCUGCUACUUCCGGUACAGGCAAGGCUUUUUUAUUAGCAGCCAAAAGUUGCAAACUUUAUCGUCGAUGUUCUCUAAUAGGUCGUUUCAGAAAAAAUAUGGCAAUAUGGCGAAAUGAUGAAGUAUGACACAUAGAAUGGACCUGCUAUCCCCGUUUGAAUAAGAACAUCUCAUUUCAGUAGGCCUAUAAACCUUGAAAACCAAUAAUACAAAAUAAUGACACAUUUUAAAUAUUUUUUUGACCAAAAUCCUUUGAGGUCCCUGGGAUCAAGCCUGAGUGGAAGCCUAAAUGUAUAUUUUUACACAUAUAUUGUAUUGGUUUUUGAAAUAAAAACAUA